AGGAGGCAGCUGGGUGGUUCUGUGUGGGCGAGGAGCAAAGGAGCAAAAUAGUAGCUGCCAAAGCGCCACUUUCAAGCAAGCUCCCUCAUAUUUUAGCUCGGCGCUCCGGCUGAAAAGGGCAACCCAUCUCUUGUUUUCCCUUUCCAGGAGACUCAGCAAAAAUGAGCCUAGGCUCCUUGUUCCAGCAUAUCUUCCUGACGGAGCAAAAAGUAGAGGGGAUGAGACGUCUCAUGCACCAAGUUAAACAGGAAAUAACCCUAGCUAAUGAAAGAGCUAAACAACUAACAGAACAACUGGAUGGAGAAAAAAGGAAGUUGGAAUCUGAGGCUCAAUUGCUAUCUGGAAAGCUAUUAGACUUGGAGCUUUUGAAGAAAAGAGAAGAGGGCUUAGAAAGCCAGAAAGCUGAACUUCUUAAUCAGAAGAGUAUUCUGCUUGAAACCUUUAUGGGUACAAAGAAAAAAAUUGCCAUAGAAGAUGAGAGAUUUUUGAAGGAAAUUACAGAGUUCAACAGUGAAUAUGGGUUAACAUCCAAAAGGGAGCUUUUAAUUAAAAAGAGAGUCAAGGCUGAAAUAUGUGAAUUAGAGGGAAAAGAAAAUGUUUUGAGAAAUGAAAUAGAGUUAAUGAAACAUGAAAAUAUUCAGUUAAAAAUGUUUCAGCUGCAGAAGAAUGAACUGAAGAAGGAUUUGUGUACUUUUAAGAGAAAACUCAAAGAUCUUGAAGAAGAAACAAGAGAAGCUAAAAACACCACAAAGUGUUUAGAAACAGAAAAAAUUAAAAUUUCUGAAAAACCACAGACAGAUCCAGAAUGUGCAAGGCUUAAAAAGAAAUUGGAGAGUUACAGAGAAGAUGAAAUGGAAAAUGCCUGUGAGGCUCUUCAAACGGAAAUUGAAUUUCUGCAGAUGAAACUGUUAUACAAAAAAAAAUCUCCAGUCAAAUAAAUAACAUAUGGUGGAUUGAUUCAAAUGUCAGAGAAACAAGCCUUUGUAGCAUUUGAGUAAAUGCUGCUUUUGUAAGCUUUUGUUGUUAAAUUUAUCAUCCUCUGCAUUUCCUGCUAGUAAAACAUGGAACCUG